AACGAGUCACAAGCACAUUACCCCAGAUGAAUCUGAGUGAGGAAGCCACGCUCUGCGUAAUGCAUCAGUGUGUGACCUGAAGUUCUGUGUGGAGUGAAUCCAUCCUUUGAAUCCUCUGUUUACAUUUCCAGUAGAAGCUGUAGACACGGCCUAAAAGUCAACAUGAUCGACUACGAGCGUCCCCAUCCAUUAGGCUUCGGGCCAGCUGGGAGGAGUGUGAUGGUUCCGGAGCUCCCACCGCACACCCAUACUCACACGCCAACGGCUAUACAUCAGAGAUACUCCAACCAGAGCAGGAGAGCCAGCACAGCGGCUGCUAGGAGGAUGGAAAGGAGACGCACAGACCAGGAGGAAAGCCGCAACAACAACUCAACCAGCAGCCACAACCCUCGCUCCAAGAAACUGGCCAUGCUAUCCAGGUCUUUGAUCCUGUGUCAUUCUAAAACUAAUGAUGACUGUCCAGAGGGGAGGCGUGCUAUAUCGGAUGGGUGCAAGAGAUGGGGCCCAGGCUGUAGGGCACUAAUAUGUGAUGGGGCUCAAACACACUGCAGAAAUACAGGCAACGGGCACUGGAGGACAAGUGACCAAUCAGCCCUGGGGAAGAAAGGAGACACUGAGUCAGAUAACCAGUUGCAGCAUACCAGCACACUCAGGGCAAACAAAAAGAGCAUGAGGAGGUCCUUCAGCAUCAAGGAGAGUAGUAUCUGGAGGAUGUGUGUAGCCACAGGGCCCACUGAAGACAUGUGUGGAUCACAAGCCGCUGAUAACACUGACCAGACAGGGGACGAGGACAUCAAUGUGGAGCCAUGGAACGAGGGGAAUUUACAGAGAAGCUGCAGCUUUGUGAGCCAAGACAAGCUGGCACCGUUUAACGGACAGUUUCUAGAUGGCAGCACAUGGAAUGCAGGCAAGAGGAUGAUGACUAUUCACAUUAAAGCCUACAGUGAGGACACUUUCAGGAGUGAGGACACCCUGCAUUCCCAAAGUCUCACGGCAAACUCAUCCCACCCAGCCCUCAUUUCCCCAUCUGAUGCUCAGUCGUUACCUGGAUACGCAGAUGAAAAACUUCUUGCCAACAACAACCACACAAAGUUCUCCAUCCCUGAGGUGAAUGAAGAGAGGUUCUUGGACACAGAUGAGACUAAGCAGAGCUCAACAGGACAGACGGCCAAUAAAAGGACACGCUGCAACUCAGCCAGUGUCCAUCCUUACUGGAUUGGGGAUCUGGACAGCAUCAUCAUGAAGACCCCAGAGCUAUACACCAUUCAUCCUCAUGGGAAUGGAGGUUUAUAUGGAAACAGGAAGUCUCUGUCCCAGCAGCUGGAGUUUCCUCAUUCCACUACACAACAUCCCUCCCGCUCUCUCAGCUCUGCCCAGCUAGUACACUCCUGCAGUAACAUGCAAGCCUUCAUUAUCUGCAAUGUUGUGCUGAUGAAGGGCCAUGGCAAGGGUCUGGGCUUCAGUAUAGUGGGUGGGAAGGACAGUAUGCAUGGACCAAUGGGGAUCUACGUCAAGACCAUUUUCCCUGGUGGGUCAGCAGCUGCUGAUGGAAGGCUGCAGGAGGGUGAUGAGAUCCUGGAGCUGAAUGGAGAGUCACUACAUGGCCUGACUCAUGAUGAGGCCCUUCACAAGUUCAAACAAAUCAAAAAGGGCCUCCUGACUCUGGUGGUGAGGACAAGCCUGCGUGUGGGGGCCCUUUGUGGUCAAUCGCAGGUAGCUCAGCUAUGCAGGUCACGCUCCCUCAGCUCCACCACAGGUAUGGCCAGGGCUGUCUCUGACAUGGGAGACUACAACUGCCUGAACACACUGAGUGUACCGGGUCAGCCCGCCAGGCCCAGGGACCGCGUCAUGAUGUUGAUCAUCCUGCACAAAGAAGCUGCCUGUGGUCUUGGUAUUGGACUGUGUUGUGUUCCAUCCGGUGACGGGUGCCCAGGGAUCUACAUCCUCACCCUCUCUCCGGGAUCUGUGGCUCACAUGGAUGGGAGACUUCGAUGUGGGGAUGAGAUUAUGGAGAUCAACGACACUGUGGUUUACAACAUGGUCCUGAAUGACGUCUACACAGUAUUGAGCCAGUGCGCACCAGGUCCAGUCCAUGUUAUGAUCAGUCGACACCCCGAUCCCAAAGUAUCCGAGCAGCAGCUGAAUGAUGCUAUUGCUCAGGCAGUGGAAAACAGCCAACUGAUGAAGCAUAAGAGCCAUUGGAGCAUUGAUGGGCUGCGUGUACCAGCAUCUUACCCUCGACACAGAUGUGAACAAUGCCUGGAGAGGAGUUUCAGUCAGCUGACGGUUCGACGAGCACAGAAGACCAUGACCCGCUCCUGCAGCGACAACACCAAUGGUCCCAAUCACUGCCUUACCAUACACAGCCUUCACAAUACACACCAUUACCCAUCAGUCCGCGUCCACAGCCUUGACACGCCCAUGUCGAUAAAAGAGACAUGCUCUGACAACAGACUGUCAGUGCCAGUGUACCCCGAUGAAGACUAUAAACUUCCAUACCACCAUACUCCUGCCAACUUGUCCAGUCAACACGCCCUCGAUCUGGCCUCAAGGGGUUACAAGUCCACCUGCAGGAUGCGUGUUGCUCAACACCGGCAUUGCAGGCCUCAGAAUGUUACCAGUGAGGAGGGUUAUAAUGGAGAGUCCAGUGGACCCACUCUAGGAUCCCCUGUUCGAGAUGGAGGACUGGAGUCCUCAUCACACAUCAGCUGCCAGCAGGAAGGAGAACGAAUAAGAGACUCAGAGGAGAUCAAGGAAAAUGUCUCUCAACCUGUAGCCUGUACCAACAACGGACUUCACUCAGCUGUUCUCUGCACACAGCAGAAGAGAGGAGCCCUUAGGAGGCAGGCUCGUAUCGACCAACACGCCCAAGAACAGCUUCAAGAUCCUUGGGUUCGCAUUUCAGACAGCCUUCCUGAAGAGCUGACUAAGAUCCACCAUCGCCCCUGCAAGCGUGCUGCAGAAAGCACACAGCCUAUAAACGUCCACAACAAGCCUGCCGCCACAAGUGACAAACAGAACAUGUCUAAUCUCAAUGGCGCAGCCACGGAUGGGGCUUCAGAUCCUCCGUCCAACACGGCCCCUGGAAACAUGUCGGAAACACCUUUGGGAGCAAAGAUAGGGCCCCCGGUGGCACCAAAACCUGCCUGGUUUCGAAGGAGUCUGAGGAAAAUUGAGGAUGAGCAGGAACAGAAGAAGCAGGCAAAGCCCACAGAGGAGAGGUCUGCUGUAGGCUUCAACAGAAGCUUUGGAGCCAGACCUGCCUCCUCUGCUGCCAAGCUGUCAAUUAAACAAAAGAUCCAUUCAUUUGAGACUUUUUCCAAUCCAGAAGUUCCAGAAAAGGGGGGUAUCAGGAGGCCUUUGGCCUCUUCCAACUCUCUUCCUCAGGACAAGGAUUCCAAGAGUCCCCCUGCCUCACAUCGAGAGUAUGGAAAUGGCAAAUAUGAAAUCCCAAAAGAGAUUCAGGCUGGCAAGUCUGAAUCUGUUAUGGAGACAAACCACACACUUGUGUCUGCUUCACCCUCUGCUAUCACCUUCUCCUCUUCUGAUGCUUGUAGUGAAAUACCAGCAGAGUCCCCUGAUGAUGGACCUAGCCAAUCCUUCAACGAUCUUCCACCUUUUGACACCAUCAGUGCCAAUCUGGACGCAGGGGAGCAUGAUUUUCAUUCUGCUCAAGCCCAUAAUGACAGCAUGGUCUUUCCAACAGAGCAGGGGCCUGAGCUUAAAAGAGUGGAUCUUACCGAGAACACAGAGUGCAAAGUCCUACCCUCUGUAACAUCUGUGGGAUUCAGUGAAGUCCAAGAGGAAAGUUAUCCAGAGAGGACAGAGGAAGAUGGAGCACAUAGCCAAGGAACAGUGCAGAGCACAACUCUGAGAGUGGUUCCCCCCGCAGACAGUAACCCCCUGGGAGGCCUGGAGGAAGAAAGUUUAGGCAAAAUCCUUGCCUUCAGUAAUCAGGUCUCACAAGCUCUGAUGCGCUCUCUACCCAUACACCCCCGCCAAGGAAACCCUCACUCCCUAAACGCACAGGACUCCUCUGAUGUGUUUCCUCAACCUCAGUGGUCAGAGCACACCGUGGACACCCCCGACAGAGGAUUCUCUGUCAGCUUGGCCACACUGAGGGAGUGCACAAUUGAGCGAGGGGAGGAGGGUUGUGAUGACGAGGCAGCAGUCACUUCUGCUUGUGCCCACUCUGUGAUCUCAGCAAUCCCUACUCAGGAAAUACAGAGGAUGAUCCAGGAAGUAAAAAGUCUGGACGAAGAGGCCCUGAAGCAACUGGCGGCCAUCCACGUUGUGAUUCUACACAAAGAGGAGGGAGCUGGUCUGGGUUUCAGUAUUGCUGGAGGAUCUGACCUGGAGAGUAGAGCUAUCACGGUCCACAGAGUGUUUCCCAGUGGCUUGGCAGCUCAGGAGGGCACCAUUGAGAAAGGAGAUGAGGUGUUGUCUAUAAACGGACAAACACUGCACGGCCUCACGCAUGCUGACGCUACUGCGGCUCUGCGUCAGUCCCGCAGUCUGAAACAGGGUGUGGUGGUUGUCUGCAAGAGAGCCGAGGAGGAUGGAAGAGAGGGAGAAGGCUGCAGGAGCAAACAGCCCAACAUUGCAGUGGAGGAGCAGGGAGGCCUGCUGACUGUGGAGCUCGACAAAGGAGCUGGAGGAGUUGGAUUUACCCUUGAGGGAGGAAAAGGCUCAAUCCAUGGAGACAGACCUUUAAUCAUCAACAGGAUCUUCCAAGAGCAGAGCGGUCUGCAGCAUGGAGACGAACUUCUGCAGGUCCAGGGAACCAGUGUGCAGGACAUGACCCGCUUCGAGGCCUGGAACAUGAUCAAGACCUUACCUGAAGGACCCAUCAUGGUGGUCAUCAGAAGGGACCCCGGAGGGGUAGAAUGACACACACGGCUGCUGGGAGCUGCUUUCAAAUGAAGAAGCCAAAGAAAUGAAAACCAACCUUAAAAGUUGGUCUAUGCAAAUGUUAGAACUGUGGCUUAAAUAAAAGGCUAUCAUAUUUUUAGACAAUUGUGAACAGAUAUGGACGAUUGUCAAAAUGGUCAAUUCACCCAAAACCUACCACAAGCCCCCCAUGCCAGAUUCCAAAUACUGACAACAUUGAGCUUCAAACCUAUAGUGACGUGAUGUCCACGUUUUAUUCCCUUAGUUGUUACCAUAUCUGUUAACUAGCGUCACGCUAGCUCUUGAAGAAAGCCGUAUGUAUUUGAAUGAAUGAAUGAACAGUGAGGGUGAAUCUGGCUUUAAUCAACCUGGCUUUACAGGGACAGUUUUGAUGCUCUUUUGUUGCUCACUGAUACAGAGGCUCGGAGCAGAAGUUGUGGGCGGGGCUUAGCCAAUUACAUUCCAGUGGUAACAAUCUCUUUGAACGUUGAAAAAUGAAGAUGCUAUAAAAAGACAGUUGCCAGCUCUCUAUGUUUAAUGAUAUGUUUUGUUUGUGUACACGCAUGAUGUUCUUAUUGAAGGAUGUUCCUUGUGUGGCGUCUUUGUGACUAUCGGUUCAAAAUAAAGUUGUCUUUUCCGCACCAGACUUGAAUGAAUGCAUAAAGGGAUACAUUAUAUUUCUAAAACCAAUUUCUUCAAAUAAGGCAACACAAGGCUAAGUAGAAGGCAGUAAAGGUACAGCAGCUUCAUUCUCUUUAUCCAUAGCAUGUGAACAUGGCGCAGUGGUAGACCGGGUUGUCCUUCAGUCAGUUUGAUUCCUGAUAACAAGAGGGAAGAACAACAGGAGGGUCGGCACAAUAACAGCAACCCAUUGCAUCCCUGUAGUUCGUUGUACAGCUUUUCAUUAGAUGCCGUUUUUAGCGCCUGUCUAAAAUAGUACAAAAAAAGCAGAAUGCGUAAUUAUGUGUAAAAGACUGGAAGUGAAUAGAUUGGAGUAAACGUCAAGCAGUGGGACGGUACAGCUCGCAUGUGGAAUCAGAAGUUUCAUCCAACCUCAACUGAAAUGUUGAGAUUGUAUUUGUUCCAAUUCUGAGCUGGAAUGGGACACCUCGAACACAGAUUUUUGCAUUUUUAUUCGACUUCUGACAAAGCGUUCUGCUAACUUUGCCCACUCGGCCCCUGCAUUUACAGGAUGUCUUUGUAUCCUUACAUAUGUAAAAAAUAUGAUCUAUUAUUUUUAUAGAGUCGCUCGUACAUAAAACUUUUAACAGUGUAAACUUGUGUUCACUUUUGUGCAGAGAACUGGACUACAUCUUCUUAAUCUGUUUAAUGCUGGAGAUAUACAAAACGUACAGGGUGCAGAACAGUACAAGAUGAACAGGUG